AUGUUUGACGUAAAUUUAGUAACAUGGACAAGUCGUGACAAUGAAAACCUAAAUAACUGGACGUUUGGCGUAGCAAUAAAUGUGACAAGGACUAUCAUCAUUCUUUCCUUUUGUAUCUUACCGUUUGAGAUUGUCACAACUUUCUACGACCUGAAUGUCUCGAUUGCUCUUUUUCUAGGCGUUGGAAUAUCGAAUAUAAUCGACGAUCUUUUACUCAAAGAGGCAAUUAAAGGGCUGAAAGAAGAUUGCUCACUCACGAGACAAGUGACCUGCUCGAAUGAUCUUCAUACAAGCUACCAUUUCUUGAUAACUGGCACUGUUUCUCUCUUUCUUGGACUGUUCUUCUUUCUUAUGAAGACUUACAUUUAG